AUGGAAGUGACGAAAGAGGACAUAAUUGAAGAAAUUGAAGUAACAAGAGGUCGAAUACAAAAAACUGGCGAAGCCGAAGGUGCUGGCAGAAGUAAAUUAACGUCCACAAGUGGGUUUUUCCCUGACUUAGAUUAUACCGUCAGUAAUAAUAUAAUACCAUUACGUCCUUUAACUCCUAGUAAAUGGGUAUUUUCUAACAAGGAAGAAUUCUUUGGCGAGCAAAGCUCUAAAGAAUUAACAACACUAAAGGAAAUUCCCUUAGAGACACAUUGUGGCCUAGAAGAAAUAGAGCAUGUUCCUGAGAGUGAUGAUGAUUCAUUUCAAGACCCUGAUUAUACGUCAUCGGAGAUUUUAGAUGGAGGAGAAUACCCGGUUACAGCAGAGUUUGAGAUAGAAAAUGAAAUUGGCAACGUUGAUGAUAAUAUUGAUAAUGAAAUGUUACAAGAUAAAAAUGAAAACACAUCUAUAAAAGAUAGGAGAAGAAAGCGAAUAAGGAAUACCAAAUCCUGGAAGGAAAAUAAAAGAAGAGAACUGAAAGAGAAAGGUGAAGAGUAUGUCUCUAAAAAAGGAGUUAUUAAAAAGGAAAAGCAAAUGAAACGUCCAUGUGAUUUGCAGAAAAAAUGUUAUCAAAAAUUCACUGAAGAACAAAGAAAAAGAUUGUUUGAAGGUUUUUAUAAUUUAUCAACAGAUGGACAAGAUCAGUAUAUAGCAGAGACCGUCAAAGAAACGACAAACAAAGACCAAGAAUUAGAAAGGAAUGUGAAAAGGCGGACGGCAUUAGCCGGAGGAAAUUUACUAGAAAUUAUUUUUUAA